CGAACGCAUCCAAGUUGUCAUAACAACAAUAUCAACGGUCAUUUGUCAACAAUCACGAUAAUUUGAGAAAAUUAAACCACAAUGGCAGAUGAUGAGGGAAACGAGGAGGUUGCGGAGGAGCAACAGCCAGAGGUCUAUGAAGACGACACCCUCAGCCCUGUGCCCGUGCAGCCUCUAGACCCGCCCAAGUAUGAAGUCAGACCCGGCCUUGGAGAGAAGUUCCAAGCUGAGAAUAUACACGAGAUUAUAGUGACGUCCAUGCAGCAGCAAUUGACGGGGCGGCAGUACCGCGCCGACCAGGCGCCGCACUGGGCCCAGAUGAUCGCCAACGGCGUGCGACACCGGACCCAGGAGUUAGGCAUGAAGAGGUACAAAAUCCUAGUCCAGACCGUGAUCCUCGAAAUGAAAGGCGCAGGGAUCAAAAUGGGCCAGCGCUGCCUCUGGGACCCGGAAACUGACGACUAUGUCCACGGCCUUUAUAAGGACGGCAGCAUACUGUGCCACUGCACCGUCUACGGCAUAUACAUGUACUGAGGCAAGCGGGACUACACCAAGAUACAUAUGCAUUUGAGUAGGGAGGAUUUUAUUUAUUAAAAAACCGCCCAAGUGCGAGUCGGACUCGCGCACGAAGGGUUCCUCACUAUUACGCAAAAAACUGCAAAAAAAUCACGUGUCGUAUGGCUCCACUUAGAUAUUUAUUUUGUUUUUAGUAUUUGUUAUAGCGCCAGCAGAAAUACAUCAUCUGUGAAAAUUUCAACUGUCUAACUAUAACGGUUCUCGAGUUAUAGACUGGUGACAGACAGACGGACGGACAGACGGACAGCGGAGUCUUAGUAAUAGGGUUCCGUUUAUACCCUUGGGGUACGGAACCCUAAAAAUUGUUAUAAGAGCAUAGACGUAGACUGACCACAAUAUGUUUGCACAGACUUGGGUGGGUCAUUUUUGUCCCUUCUGUCCAAUGAGCCAGCUAGUCCGCUCGAACAGUGUCAUUAUUGCUAUACUCAUGCAAAUGUAUCUGACUGGUGUCAAUUGGUGUUAAAAAAGAACAUUUUUAAAAUGUCAAUUAAUGUGAUUGUGACUUUUAUACGUUUUUUAUCGCGUAGUGAGUUAUAAUAGAAUAAUGCAUUAAGUAUAUAGACACUCGUUGUUGUAAAAUACAGGGUGACAUCGGAGAUGCGAUUCAAAAACUAAGAUCAAGAGAGAUAGAGAAUAUAAAGUCUGUGAGUCUGUCUAAGCUAACUUUGCACCGACAUUAAUAGAGAAAAGUGAGAGAGUGUCAUUACAUACGUCAUGUUUUCAUAGAAAUUGAAAUUACUGUAAUUAGUCGUAGUAAAUGGCACGCAAACAGCUUACUCUGCACCGAUUUUUCAGUGACAAAGUGUUGAACUACCACUAUACAUCUUCACAGAAAAUUGACCUUAACCAUGGAUGUCCACACCAUUGCCUGGACUGGAUUCAGUUAGUUGACCCCUGGCCUCUAUUUUACCAUGCUGACAUUGACAAUUCACCAUACAUUGCUAGUCCAAUAUCUAAUUAAUUACCUAUGUACCGUCGUUGCUUACCAACCCUAAAAUGUAUAUAAAAUUGUCAGUGUCAGGUGCCAAUUCGCUGGCCCAAUAUUAUAGGGUUCUAUGUUUCACUUUUAUCGAACUGAAAUUUGAACAUUGUCACAGUGACAUUAAUAAGUCGAAUUUCAACUAUCUUGAAAAUGUCACAUAGAACUUUGUAAUAUUGAGCCAGCGAAUUAUCAAGUUGGUGAAAUAGCACCUGAAUCUGUUUUAUAUUGCGAUUUCGAUGUCACCCUGUAUACAUAUAAUUUAGUAUCACUAUUCUGACUCAUAAUAAAUUAGUUAUGAUUGUAUAUAGAUAGGUUGAUUGCAACUUACAACAUUAGGUUAUGAACUAUUUAUUUCUAUUGAUUGACAUUAUGUACUUUUACUUAAUUUUUAAUGAUUAUUCGUUAUUUAACUUUAAUUGAUAUUAUGAUUAUAGUUCGUUUUUUUAGCAUUAGAAAGAACUUGAAAGAAGGUAAGCGAUCUUGGCAUGUCUUUUAAUUGAAAAACGCUUUUUAAUAAUCAAUAACUAUUACUUAUGAAAGCAGAAGAAUAUAAAUGAUCGUAUUAGAUUCAUACUUGUUACAUAUUUGCCGUAACUUAUUUUUAAAAUGUGUUUUUCAAUUAAAAGAAACAUCAAGAUUGUUUACCUAAUUUCUAAUGCUAAAAAAAACGAAGUAUAGUAUUGACAGUGUAGGUGUAUCAUAGUAGGAUUAUGUUUUGUUCAGCAAGUAGAUAUUACUACUUUUAAAACACGAAAAAUUUCGGAUGACACCAAAAUUACCUAGAUACCUAAAAUAUUUAUUUGUAGUUCAUGAGUGCACGUGUGUGUGCCCUAAAAUAUUGUAACGCAAAUCGCAUACGAGUUCACAUGCCGUACAAAUCAGACCUUAGAUUUUAGAGUAUUCAGAAUUCGGCUAGGUACCAUUUAGAAUUUCCAAAAGUGCACUUCUAUGUUUAGAAGUUUUAAAGAUAGUUUGCUGAAAUAGGUAAAUAAAAUUUUGAUUAAU